UAAAAGCGAAGUGAAGAAACUAUAGUUUGAAUGCUAUUUUCAUAGAAUUGACUGAAGUAAUAUGCAAUAUCCGGCACAUAAUUUCAUUUUUGUAAAUAUUUAAUUGUACACAAGCACAAGAAAUCGAAGUAUUAAGCGUGAUUUAAUGUUACGGAUUGUGGGAAAAUUGCUAUUCGUGACGUCAUGAACCACAAUGGCGCCUUUCUUGUGGUGCACAACAGCAAAGGCAGAAUCGUAUUUUAAAAGACAAUUUAUUCAAUAGAAUUUUUAAUACCCUAACAUCGAAACGUGAAAAGAAAUGCUCACAAAAUGUGCGACAUUUGUACGGAUAUGCUGGCUCUUCUCAAUAGCCAUGACGAGAAGGUGCAGUCUGGAGAAGGCUUACAGUUGACUAAAAGUGAUGUUAUAGCUGUUAUAUUUUUUGUUCAAGCAUGGCCACAGAGGCAAUGCACAUGCUGUUUUAAAGAAUUAAAGAAUUUUGAAAGACUCAACAACGUAGUCCAAGUAAUUCUAAACCUUGCUAUCAAGUACAUUCAAACAUUACCUGAAGACUACUUAAAAGAACAAGAAAGAGAAAAAGAGAAAGAGGCACAGAACAGUGAAGGAGAUGGAGGUGCAAACACAGAGGAAAAGCCCAAAAAUGAAUCCACUAUUUCUGUUGAGACUGGUAACCAAGAUGAUCCUAACAUAAACAUUUCUGAAGAUGAAGAAGAUAAAAAAGUUGACAAAACAAGAAAUGAUGACAAAAAAGUAGAACAAACAGAUGCAUCUCAAGAAAAGAAAAAAGAGAAAGUGGAAGAGGAAAGGGAAGGAAAAUCUAUAUCUGAAAACGAUGCUAAGGAUAAACUAGAACAGGAAGAAGAUGAAACAAAACAGGUUCAAGAGCUUGAGUAUUGGACUACUGAGGAUAAGGGAGGUCUUCUCCAGGUUGUGGCCAGAAUCUUCCUGAUGAACUUUCCACUGUACAUGGCCUAUAAGCAUACAUUUCACACUUCCCUGGAGGAGUUAUCUCAGCAAGAAGCGAAUGCACUAAAUAAUUAUUGUGAACUAUCGGACCCAGAGGUUCCAGUGUUCCUGUUGAGAAAUGUUUGUUUCUUCUGUGAUAGCAAUGGCCCUCAGUCUAUGCUACAUUGCUUUGAGAAGGCCAAACCAGACAACCUGCCCCUCCCUCUUGUGCAUACUCUGAUUACUAUUGUGUCCAAUNGUGAUGAUGAUGAGCUGUUGGAGGAGGCGUGUGAAAUUGCACGUGUCAGGCGGGAAAGACUAUUUCGAGAACGAUGCAAGAAAGCAUUACAUAAACGAGCUCAGAAAAUAACCCACAAGGCUAAAAUCACCAAACAGCGAGCUCAAAAGAAACAAAACUUGAAAAAUAUCAAUGGUAUCAAAAAGAGCAAAAAUACAGAUGGCAGCAAAGAAAAUGCCAGCUCCAAAAAGAUAACUGUGCAAAAGGAAAAAGAUGAAAGCAAAACUACGAAAAAGAGCCCUACUUCUCUUCCUUCAAGGAAACAGAAAAAGAACAAUAGAAAAACAACCAAGAAGGAAUCUGGUGCUAGUGCUCAUCGUUCAGAGGAUUUGAAGAAGCCCUUAAAUUCAGUGAGUGGGUUUGCCCUACCCCCAUACUGGGAGAAGCGCAGCCUUAGUGAGUCUGAUGUAAUGGUCAGUAGUAAACUGGCCAGAGAAACAGACCAGGAGGUGCUGCCCCCUGUCCAGUCCAGCGUGGACAGUGGAAGUGUGCGGACAGAAGUUUAUGAUUGCUCACAUAUAUUGCCAGGCCGAGUACAGAGGACACAGAGUAGUGAUUACCUAGAAGACAUCCUCAGCCCAGAUGAAGGUAGUUGUAAUAGCUCCAGAAUGAGCACCAAAUCAGAUAAAAACAUGGCAGACUUUGAUGGUGAAGAGAUGAUGAGUGAAGAAGAGCUGGCACACAUCAAUGCCGCAGCUUCCAUCAACAGCCACCAGCUCCAGCAACAUUUGGCCAGCAUGGCUGCAAUAUAUCCUGGCCAUUUACAGCAUAAUGUAAUUCCUCAAAGAGAAGGCAUCCAUGGGCCAGAAGACAGAGCUCGCCUUUGUAACAGCUUCUCGUUGGAGGACGUGUGUGAACCUGGAAAUACUUUGUUAUGGGAUCUUGUGCAAGAUGAGGAUGUGCAUUUGUUACCUGAGGGUCUGGCCUUGGAGGCAGAGAAAGCCCUGUGUACACUGGUGUGCUUUGCCACAGACAGGAGAAUUAGAAUGAAGUUCAUUGAAGCCUGCAUCAAUAAUGUGGCAAGACACAGAUCAGUUGUUGUCUCCUUGCGACUGUUGCCAAAGAUUUUUGCAUCAUUCCAGCAAUAUAGGAGUGGUAUAGACACACACUCUGUUGCAAUGUGGGCUGAAAGAGAACUUCAUAUGAUGAAGCAUUUCUUUAGUAAUUUGAUGUACAUAACCAACCGUGCCAAGAAAGGAAACUUGCCCUCAAAUGCUAUGUACUGCUACAGAGAGGAAAUUCAGGUGCGCCUGCAAUUUCUCACCUGUGUGUUUUCUACAAUGGGAACACCAGAGUCCUUCAGACUGAACCUAGAGCAGGUGGAUGUGUUGUGGAGUUGCCUGGUGUCUGAUCAAACAAUGAACCUGAACUUUGACCUCCAGGUGGCUGACGAGUGUCUAAACUGGUUUCUCAAUCAAGCCAAGAGCAAGGACCACCAUGCCUUAGGCUGGGACACACUCAAACAUAUCUUUAUGGAAAAGAUGCCUCUUUUGGAACCAGAGCACAUGAGUAUGACUGGCCUCAGUCUGUUCCAACAGCUGUGCCAUUUGGCAAGAAUUGCCAAUGCUUCUCUGGACCAACCACUCUCAGAGGAUGAAAUCUGUGGCAUGGACCAGCUGUGGGGUAUAGCUCUAAGAGCACAGAACACUGAUGUCAGCCUGGCAGCCAUACAGCAUCUCAACACUUACUAUAUCAACUAUGGGAAUGAAACACUGGAAAAGGAGGAAGAAUUCAUCAGUCGAUGCAUGGAGAGACUUGUCAGUGCAUCUCACAGGCUAAAAGAGAGCCCUGAAUCAGGGUUGCUCAUCAUUCAUCGAGGUCUCAUCUUGCUGAAGAACCACAUUGAUGGGUUCCGGCGCCGCUAUGCGUACCACUUGCGUAACUGGCAGCUGGAGAGCCAAGGUAUUCACAGCCACCAGAAGAGUCUUCAUGACAGGAGCUCGGCUCCCAUCAGAAUUGUCCUGCAACCAGCUGGAAUGCCUGAGAAGAUGACAUUGGAAAUGCUAUCCAGUGACUUGAUAGCUGAGUUGAGGGCAGAGGUCACUAAGUGCUGGGAGACACUGCAGAAACAACAGUCUAGUCAGAAGUUCAAACAACAAGGUCAAGGUCAAGCACAGGGCUCAGUGCUGACCCCUAUACUUGGUGCUAUGCUAGGUGAUGGACCAAUCAGAAUGUUGACUUUGGGCCAGGAACUAACUGUAGAUUUAGAUGAGAAGACACUAGCAGAGAUGCAGAUCAAAGACAUGCAGGUUGUGUUUGUUUCUGUUGGGGCAAGUCAUCGUCCACCCAGGAAGCAAGAUGGUAGCUCGCCAGCUUCCUUCCUUCCUCCACCACCAAAAGAGCGCCUGCCAAUGAUGUUAUUGCUCCAAGAUCCCCACUUUGAAAAUCUCUUUGAUUUGUUGCAACAGCUCAGUAAUUUAAAGUGCCAAAAUAAAGAUAUGGAUUCACAAGAGAAGUAUAGCCUCCAAACCAAGGCUAAAGUCCAGUCCAGGAAGGUCUGGGAGCUGCUCAUGUUACUGCCCACUAACCACAAGAUGUUGCAUGGAUUCAAGAGUGUGAUGAAUGCAGAUGAAUCCAGCCAAAGCAGUAUUAACUGGAGUGAGUUGUUGGAUGCCCACCACCCUCAGAAACUCAUGUAUUCCCUUCAGAUAGUGGAGGGUUUGUCCAAAGUUCCUAGAUAUAGGAGGAAGUCAAUUUUAAGUUCCUAUUCUGGAGCUGGAGACUCCCACCUCACUAGCACAGACUCAGAUUUAUCUGUAGAUUUAGGUGAUUUACCAGAAGAGAUUUGGAGUAAACAGUUUAUCUCCUGUGGUGGUCUGAAGCAUCUAUUCAGCAUAUUUCUGUCAAGCAGCCUACAGAUUAAAGACCAGGAAGAUUGGAAUGAGUGGAAUCAGGAAUGCUUGGCAUAUCUCUUAAGAUUGGUCAGCCAGUUUGCUAUCAACCAAUCAGAUGCUAGUUCUGAUGAAGUAUUUGAUGGCUAUGAAACGCCAAGGAAGAGAGCCAAGAGACAUAAGGGACAGGAAAACAUUGUCAUUCCAAAAUUGAAUCAUACCACACUGUCCAUGAUGGAGGUGGACCAUGUGAUCAAGAUCCUGAUGACCAUCCUCUAUGAUGCUGCAGUGCCCAGUGAAUCCAAGCAGUUCCAGGCAGGCUCAUGGGGGAGGGCAGAAGUGAUACACUACUCCCUGUCCUUCCUGGUCUCUUGGGCCUUCAGCUGCCCUGAUGUGCAGCCAGCACUGUGUGGAAAUGACAUGUUUCAAAACUGGCUGAAGAGACUCACUCUGGAAGCACCAGAGCCAAUAGUUCGCCAGGAGGCCUGUAGGGGGCUGUACAGGUUGUGUCUGGGUCAGACUGUAGAUGGCGUUACUGGGUACAGCUUCCUCAUGCCAGUGCUGGCAUCUCUCCUCCGCUUCCUUCCCGAGGCUGAGAUGAUGAAGCCUGCCCGGAAAGAGGUAGAACACCCUAAGGAUAAGGAGCCAUAUGGUCCUGGUUGCCGAGACUAUUUCUGGCUAACAUGUCGUCUGGUAGAGAGCAUGUCCAAAGAGGACGCUGCUAAGGCAGGAGAGCAGGACUGUUAUGUGGACUUGAACUCCCUGUUGGGGUAUAUCUCAGAGGCUCUGAAGAAGAGAGAGUACCAUGAAACCAGACAUAACUCCAUAGAGGAUGAUGGACUGAUAGGGCUGCUCAACCUGGCCACUGCCAUUUGUAAACAUAACCCUGCAUUUAAGUCUACUCAGAAAGGACAGGAGUUUCUGUACAAUGUAUUCUGGAACCUGUUUUCCCUUCCUAACACUGGUCAGCGGUACUUCCCCAAGUGUAAAACCCAGGCCUCCAGGUCUGCCGUCUUUGAUUUCAUGGUGGAACUGGUGAAAGGAAACCUGGACAAUUAUACCUUUCUACAUGAGAUGAUUAUGAAACAACACACAAAAGAUGCUCAUGCUCCCUAUCCCUGGGAUUACUGGCCACAUGAGGAUGAGCGGUCACUGUCUGGCUAUGUAGGGCUGACCAAUCUUGGGGCCACCUGUUAUAUGGCCACCUGUAUGCAGCACUUGUUUAUGAUUCCACAGGCAAGGCAGUCUGUCUUGGAGGCAAAGUGUACCCAUGACAACACAUAUGAGGGCACCUUGAUUGAACUACAGAAGAUGUUUGCUUACCUCAUGGAAAGUGAGAGGAAGGCCUACAAUCCCAGAAGUUUCUGUAAAGUCUACACCAUGGAUAAACAACCUCUGAAUACAGGAGAGCAGAAAGACAUGACAGAGUUCUUCACAGAUCUCAUCAGUAAACUGGAGGAGAUGUCUCCAGAGUUGCAAACUCUUGUGAAGAACUUGUUUGGGGGCAAACUGACCAAUAAUGUUGUUUCUCUGGACUGCCCCCAUGUCAGCAAGACUAUUGAGGAAUUCUAUACUGUAAGGUGCCAAGUUGCUGAUAUGAAAAACCUUUAUGAGUCCCUUGAUGAGGUGACAGUAAAGGACACACUGGAGGGAGACAACAUGUAUACUUGCUCAAACUGUGGCAAAAAAGUUAGGGCUGAAAAAAGGGCAUGCUUCAAGAAACUUCCCAAGAUUCUUUGCUUCAACACCAUGCGAUAUACAUUCAAUAUGGUGACCAUGCUGAAAGAGAAGGUCAACACACACUUCUCCUUCCCACUGAGACUGGACAUGUCACCCUACAUGGAGAAGACACUGAUGGGACCAGAAAGAGCAAAAGAUGAGGAUGUGGAGAAGAAACCCCAGGACAAGGUGGAGGAAGAAACAGACAGUGACACAGAGGCCGAGAGGGAAGGUUAUGACUAUGAACUGAUUGGAGUGACUGUUCAUACAGGGACAGCAGAUGGUGGCCAUUACUAUAGCUUUAUCAGGGACAGGGUCCACCAGUCUGAUAAUGGUCAGGAUAGAUGGUAUCUCUUUAAUGAUGCUGAAGUGAAACCAUUUGAUCCUGCCCAGCUGGCCACAGAGUGCUUUGGAGGAGAAAUGACAAGCAAGACUUAUGAUACCAUGACAGACAAGUUUAUGGACUUUUCUUUUGAAAAGACCAACAGUGCAUACAUGUUGUUUUAUGAGAGAAUGAAGCCCCAGGCCUCUAAUGUACAGGUGGAGCAGACUGUGUUACCAAGGUUUAAUUUUGAGCUAGGCAAGGAACUGGCAGAUUGGAUUUGGCAGGAUAAUAAACAGUUUAUCCAAGACAAGAACUUGUUUGAACACACAUAUUUUGGGUUCAUGUGGCAGAUCUGUGCCUAUCUCCCUACAACCCUACCCAAGGACAAUCCAGAGGUUCCUUUACUCGCUGCCAAACUCAGCACAUCUUUUGUGCUGGAAACUUUCAUUCAUGCCAAAGAAAAGCCAACUAUGUUGCAGUGGAUAGAGCUUUUGACCAAACAGUUCAAUUCUUGCCAUGCAGCUUGUGAGUGGUUCCUGGACACCAUGGCUGAAGAUGACUGGUGGCCACAGCAAAUACUCAUCAAAUGCCCCAACCAAACAGUUAGACAGAUGUUUCAGAGAUUACUUAUACAUGUGAUAACACAGCUCAAGCCAGUUCAUGUUAGUUUGUACUUGUUGCCAUUAGGAGAAAGUGAUGAAGUUGAUGUGGACAAGAUAGGAAGCAAGUCAUGUGUGACCAGAUUCAUCAGAAAUAUGCUUGCCAUUACUGAGCAAGGUGCUCGUCCCAACAGCAAGCACCUGACAGAGUACUUUGCCUUCCUGUGUGAGUUUGCCAAAAUGGGAGAAGAAGAGAAGAUGUUCCUGCUCAACACUGGUGCUAUCUCUACCCUGAUCCACUUCUAUCUGGGACAGAAAUCUCAAGAACAAUAUGUUGAGAUCCUAUCAGAUGAAGAUGAGGAAGAAGAAGUGAUAACCCUGUCUGAGGGAAAGUACCGUCCUCCAUCUCUAGACAAAAUGAUCAAUCUCAUUGCCAUGUUGGUGGAGAGUGCAAGAGGAGAGGACAACCAGCUCCAUCUAUUGGAAAAGGAUUACAAUGCUCUUCUUGGAGGAAAGGGCUAUCCGUUCCUGUUUAGUCAAAUCCGAGACAGUAUUAACCUGCGCCAAACCUGUAACCUUAUCUUCAGUUUGUGCAGGUGGAAUGACAGACUUGCUGCUCAGACCAUACACAUGAUAUUCACUGCCAUUACUAAGCUGAACCAGGAGUAUGCUCAGCCAUUCUUCAAGAUCUUGUCUAUGUUGGUGGAGUUUAUUGGGGGACCACCCGGGAUGCCAUCUUUUACACAAUAUGUGCUGCACAAGUUCUGGGAUGUGUGUGAGUACUGCCCCCAGCAGUGUCUGGAGUGGAUGUCCACCCAGGUGACCAGGAACAAGCUAGCCCAUAGUUUUGUCCUCCAGCACAUGAGUGGGUGGGUGGAGCACUAUCUGCUGGCACACAGUAAUGCUAGGGUCAGGAAUGCUGCUGCCCUACUGUUGGUGUCUCUGGUCCCCAGCCCUCACUUCAGACAGGCCUACAGAUCUGCCAGGAGUAUCCUCAGUCCACACAAGGAAAUCUCUAUGGGUCACGAGGCUCUGGCUGUGCUGCACCAGAUAUACAUGGAGCUCCUGAGACUGUUGAGCAAAGCCAAGCAUUAUGUUGAUGCCACAACCUACAGUACCACACAGCUGAUGUCUUAUUUUGCUCUCAUGACCUACUGCCUGGUGUCUAAACAGGAGAAACUCAUGUUUUCCCCUUUCUUCCUGGACCUGUGGCAGCUUUUCCAGCCCAAGCUGUCAGAGCCCCCUAUAGCAGUUAACCACAACAAGCAGGCCUUGCUGUUGUUUUGGUACCAGGUGUGUAAUGAGACCCAGGAGAACAUACGGCUCAUCACCUCCAACCCUCAUGUCACCAAGAACAUUGCAUUUAACUAUAUACUUGCAGACCAUGAUGACCAAGAGGUUGUCAUAUUCAACAGAUGUAUGCUGCCUGCUUACUAUGGGAUAUUAAGGAUGUGCUGCCACGUGUCCCGUAACUUCACAAGGCAGCUUGCCCAGCACCAGAACAUACAGUGGGCUUUCAAAAAUAUCACCCCAUAUCCAGCUCAGUACACAGCUGCUGUUGAAGAGUUGUUCCGACUCAUGAAACUCAUGGCGACCAAGUAUCCUGAGAGCACAGAGGAUGAAGUGAAGGCUGUUACCCAUUUCAAACGUGUCACACUGCAGAUGUACCUGGAGACUUUGGACUCCCGGACUCAGUGGCAGACCAUGAUCAUGGCCAUGAAAACUUUAGUGGAUACUAUAGAUGACAAGCUGUUGGUGCUGUAUCAGAAUGGGUUGUCCAUGAUUGCUGAGGCAUUCCAGAUGUUGCAUAUGAUGUACCAUGAGGCCACAGCCUGCCAUGUGACUCAGGAUCUGGUGGACCUCCUUACUAUACUGCUGGGAGUAUUGAAAACUGCCAGACAGUAUGUGGACAGGAGACAUGCAGAAGUGAAGAGCUGCCUCCACAGUUGGAAGGAUCGUAUGGAUCUGGUGAGGAAGCUGUUGACCCUACUCAAUGCUUACACCCCUCCAGAAAUAAGACAGGUGGCAGUGGAUGUUUGUAAAGAGAUGCUGCUUCUGUACCAGAGUGAGUGUCUGCAGACUGUGGUACCCAUCCUUUCUCACGCACAUAGUUCAUUCCAGGAAAAUAACGUACCAAUCAACAUGGGACCAUUCUUUCCAAGAAGGGGCCAAAAACUGUUAUCUUCCAAGUCUAAUGUACGCCCACCGCGGCCACAGUUCCAGAUGCUCCUGCAUAACAACCAGCUGGAGGCUACAAAGGGUGUGGAUGAAUCCUAUGACCAGGCCCUCCAGGAGUUCUUCUGGCCGUACUUCAGCUUUGUUGACUUGAUCUGCAGGGUGGCAGUCAACCAGGAGAAUAUGACAGAGAUGGUCAUCAACCUUAGUAAGUAA